ACACACAGCCCCAACCCCAGCCCACCUCAGGCCAGGCCGGGCCACCACCACCCAGUGCUUCCCUUCUCUGGGCCUGGGCCAGCCCCACCUGAGCCACCGGCCAGGGGAGGGGCGGGGCCUGCGGGCUGUUGGCCACGUGCAGGACCCUGACGGGAGGAGGGGGGCGGGUGCUCUUAAGGCGGGUCUGAGGUGAGCUGCACCUCCCCUGACUGCUUACCUGGUCUCUGAGCUGUCUUGAUCCCAGAAGCCAGGAGUGAACGCAGCUGCCUGUCUGCCCUGGACACCAGGUCCUGGGAGCUCCUGGUUGGCAGGUGACAUCUCUGUGAUAUAAGCGAGGCUGGUCGGAAGCCAGAGGUAAACUGCGGACGCUGCCCCCGCCAUGUCACAGGUGAUGUCUAGCUCCCUGCUGGCAGGAGGCCAUGCAGUCCAUCUGGCUUCCUGUGAGGAACCCAGGAGGGCCCUGCACCCAGCACCCAGCCCCAACCUGCCACCGCAGUGUCCUUACUACACCACACAAGGCUGGGGGGCACAGACGCUGAUGGCCCCCACGCCCUGCAAGGAGCCCCACAACCGGCUCCAGCAGGCACCCCCGGCCGGAGCCAAGGCCAGCGGCCUCCUACCAGCCCUGGGUGAGCAGACCUCAGGCGCCCUGGGCGACCUGGACUCCUACAUUGACCUCUCCCUGGAGAGCCUCAACCAGAUGAUUCUGGAACUGGACCCCACCUUCCAGCUGCUCCCCUCCGGGCCUGGUGGCCCCUGGGCUGAGCCCACCCAGAGCGCUUCCCCCAGGAGAAAGAAAGAGGAGCCUGAAGGCUUGGAUAUCAAGUACAUCGAGGUGACCUCCACGAGGUCAGCAUGCCACGAUGGCCCCCAGCGCUGCUCCAGCCCAUCUGUCAGCCCGCCUUUCGGCUCCCCGCGCAGCGGCAGCCUCCUCCUUUCCAGAGACGUCCCCCGAGAGACCCGCAGCAGCAGUGAAAGCCUCAUCUUCUCUGGGAACCAAGGCAGGGGCCACCAGCGUCCUCCACCCCCAUCUGGGGCUCCGUCUUCUCAUCCUCCGCCCUCUCCUAGCAUCUCCAUCCCCUGCAUGAGGAGCAAGGCCUCGGGCCCCCAGGGCUUGGGUUCCCCACUGAAGGCUUCGGCGGGCUUGGAGAAGGGGCUGGGGGCCCCUGGCCCACAGCACGGCAGCAGGGUGUCCUCGCUCUCAGCCAGCCCAGCAUCUGACAUCAGCUAUGUGUUUGGAAGCAGCCAGUCCCUCCUCCACUCCAGCCUCUCCAGGCAACAGUCAUGUUCAAGGUCCUUGGAAAGCCCAGCCAGCUCUUCGUCCAGCCUCCACAGCCUGGGCCCAGUGCCCCUGUGUACAAAAGCCAGUGACAUCCAGGUCCCCAGCAAUAUCAUCGCAGGCAUGGGCCAGCCCAGAGCCACCUGUUCCCCACCACUGGCCAAGGAACAUGCCAGCAGCUGCCCCCCAUCCAUCGCCAACUCCAUGGUGGACAUACCCAUCGUGUUGAUCAACGGCUGCCUGGAACCAGGGUCUCCCCAACCCCAGGGGAUGCCAGGACACCAGGACUCCAUCCGAUCUGGGGCUGCUUCUGCCAGCAACCCUUGUCCGGCCACCAGGAGCCACAGCCAGUCCCCGCCAGAUGCCUCUCCCGCCCCAUCCCCAGAAGGCACCGGUCCUGCCAGGGACAUGCAGCCCAUCAUGAAGUUUGUGAUGGACACCUCUAAAUACUGGUUUAAGCCAAGCAUCACCCGAGAGCAAGCCAUCGAGCUUCUGAGGAAGGAGGGGCCGGGGACUUUCGUCGUGAGGGACAGCUCGUCAUACAGAGGCUCAUUCGGCCUGGCCCUGAAGGUGCAGGAGGCCCCCGCAGCUGCCCAGAACACGUCAGGUGAGGACAGCAGUGACCUGAUCCGCCACUUCCUCAUCGAGUCCACCGCCAAAGGGGUGCAUCUCAAAGGGGCAGAUGAGGAGCCCUACUUUGGGAGCCUCUCGGCCUUCGUGUGCCAGCACUCCAUCAUGGCCCUGGCCCUGCCCUGCAGACUCGCCAUCCCGCAGAAAGAAUUAGGAGGUGGAGACGGAGCCUCAGACCCCUCUGCAGACAGCCGGGCUUCCUGCCUGAAGAAAUCUGCGGGCUGCCAUGCCCUCUACCUGAGUUCUGUGAGUGUGGAGACCCUCACUGGAGCCUUGGCCAUACGGAAGGCCAUCUCGACCACCUUGGAGAGGGACGUCCUCCCUACACCCACUACGGUCCACUUCAAAGUCACCGAGCAGGGCAUCACCUUGACCGACCUCCAGAGGAAGCUGUUUUUCCGGCGCCAUUACCCCCUCACCACCCUCCGCUUCUGUGGCAUGGACCCCGAGCAACAAAAGUGGCAGAAGUACUGCAAGCCCUCCCGGAUCUUUGGGUUUGUGGCCAAGAGCCAGACUGAAUCCCAGGAGAACGUGUGCCACCUCUUCGCAGAGUAUGACACGGUGCAGCCAACCUCAGAGGUCAUCAGCCUGGUGACUGCUCUGCUACAGGACACAGAAAGGCUGUAGAGGGGUGCUCCCUGCAGGCGUCCCCAGAUAUCCCAAGGGACUUGCCCCGAAUUCCUAUCUACCCCUCAACAUGCUGCUGUACCACACUGAUGGGCCGAUAUACUGAACUUAAGGAGACUGGUACUAAGUGGAAACCUUUGAGCAUCCUAUGACCUUCAGCAGUGACCUUCAUUCAGACCCCCCUGGGCCUCAGUUUCCUCACCCAGGAAAGGAGGCCAAUAGGACCCACUGUUCCUCUGAGACUUUGGUGGGCGUCUGAACAAGGUCCCUGAGUUUCUGAAGCACGCUCAUCUGAGACUCCCACAUGCAAACCACCUCUGAGGACGCCUGGCUCCACCAGCCUGGACGCUCGAGGCCUGCGCCCCUGUUCACGGCAAACAGCAGGGCUGGCUCGUUGGACAGCAGGGCCCUGGCCAGUGGCUGGCCUGGGAGUAGGUGGAUGCAGAGAUGGGCUGGCUCUCUUUCCCUCCGUAUCUGUUCCUUUCCACAUUUCCCUAAAGUCUUCUUGGGCAGCUGUUCCCAGAACAAAGCUGAAUUCUUUGCCCUGCGUUCUUCCAGCCAGGAGGCCAUGGCUGUUCGGGCAGCUCAGCCAGGGUGGACUUGCCCCCAGCUGUCCCCACGUUCUUAAUGUCUAAUCCCCUUCAUUGCAAAUAAGUGACAAAGCCCCAACUGUUCUUUUAAGUUUGGGGAAAGCAAGUGUCCUCCUGUUGAUGUCACAGCGGUCCCAGUGUUGCUGGUGUGACCACACUUGGGGUGGGGACAGAGAGAUUCCUGCCUGAGAUCCCUCCAGAACAGACACAAAGAAUGGAUCUCUCCAGUUCUGCCUCAGCUCCACUCUUCCUGAGUCCCCCUGACCCCACAGCACACACACACCCCCACUCCCACCCCACAGUGGUGUGGAGACAACUAGUCCUACAGCCACAGGGGGGCAGCAGAGAGUCAGGAAUGCAGCCAGGCCUCCACUCCAAGAGGCUUGGAGAAGCUGGGCGGUCUUUCCUGCCCCACCCCCACCUAGCCUUCCAGAAACUGGGGUAGUUUGUCCAGCAGGCCUAAGGAAGCCACGCCAUGAGGGUGGAAAGGGAGGCUCAGAGAAGAAGCCCACUUUUGCUCUAUGAGGACAAGAACCUGCUGUCUUCUAGCUGUGGGCCUGGCUAGAGCAUCAUUAUUUUUGGCCAAAGUUGGGCCUCACAGAUUAUGAUUUCAACCCAGGAAACCAAACCAGACUGAAGUGGCCCUGAGCUGGUGGACCGGCUGAGACCAGCCCACCCAGCCUGUGGUCUGGCACUGCCCCAGCCCUAGAGACGGCAGAAUGUUAGACAAGGUUCUCAAGGUCACAGUACCCAAGUUCUCAAGGUCACAGCCCAGGGGCAAGGGGCGGAAGGAGGAGCUGGCAGAGAGCCCUCCAUAUACUCAUGUAGCUCAUUAUGGAAAAUGUGCCUGUGUAGCUCUCAUCACGGAAAAUAAAGUGUCUG